UCUCACUCUCUCCUCUCCUUACUACCAAGAAGAUUUGGUGAGACUCCUAGGAACAAAGCUACAUAGAAACACUAGAAGUCUGAAAAUUGAAUGAAUCUACACAAGGAUUUAUUCUGUUAAUAUUCAGAAAAGAAACCUAGCUUUCUUUGGGAAUCGCAAGGCAAUUACAUCAACCAACCCAACCAAAAUGGAGCUUCAGAAGAUGAAUGGACACAGCAAAGAAGAUGGUUGCAGGUUUGAUCCAAUUGAUGCCUUGGCCGAGCAGGAGGAGUUUCUCCCACAUAAACCUGGUGCAAAGAAAGAAACCCACUUUACAGAUUUCGAGGGAAAGACUUCGUUUGGCAUGUCCAUCUUUAACCUCAGUAAUGCCAUAAUGGGCAGUGGGAUCCUGGGACUGGCUUAUGCAAUGUCCAACACAGGGAUCUUGCUUUUUAUAAUCCUGUUGGUCUGCAUUGCUCUUCUGUCUGCAUAUUCAAUUCAUCUUCUGCUAAAAAGUGCUGGAGUUGUUGGCAUCCGGGCUUAUGAGCAGCUUGGAUAUCGGGCUUUUGGCCACCCAGGGAAAAUGCUGGCUGCCGUCAUCAUAACAGUACAUAAUAUUGGAGCUAUGUCAAGCUAUCUCUUCAUCGUAAAGUCUGAGCUCCCACUGGUUAUUCAAGCUUUCUGCGGUAAACAGGAGAACACGGGAGAGUGGUUCUUGAAUGGAAACUACUUGAUCAUCAUAGUUAGUGUUCUCAUCAUCCUUCCUCUAGCACUCAUGAAACACCUUGGUUACCUUGGCUAUACCAGCGGUUUCUCGCUCUCCUGUAUGGUGUUUUUUCUCAUUUCGGUGAUAUACAAGAAAUUCAACAUCCCAUGUCCACUGGCAGAUGAUCAUCAUAACAAAACUGCUGCUGACCAUUACAGUGUUGAUUCUACAGCAGAUGGCUUCUGUGAUUCCAAGCUAUUUACCAUGAACCCACAGACAGCAUACACCAUCCCAAUUUUGGCUUUUGCCUUUGUCUGCCACCCAGAAGUGCUACCAAUCUACACUGAGCUCCGAAAUGCCACCAAGAAACGCAUGCAGAAUGUUGCUAACAUCUCCAUCCUGGCCAUGUUUGUCAUGUACCUGCUGACAGCUCUUUUUGGUUACCUCACUUUUUAUGGCGCUGUGGAGUCAGAGCUGUUACACACCUAUAUUCGCGUGGACCCACUGGAUGUCUUGAUCCUCUGUGUACGUCUGGCUGUGCUUGUAGCUGUAACUCUGACUGUUCCUGUGGUUCUCUUCCCGAUCCGCAAGGCCUUGCUUCAGAUCUUUUUCGCUGACAAGCCUUUCCACUGGGUUAGACACAUUGGCAUUGCCUUUGGUCUCCUCGUCGUGGUCAAUCUUCUUGUUAUCCUGGUGCCCUCCAUCCGUGACAUCUUUGGCAUUAUUGGAGCCACAUCCGCCCCCAGCCUCAUUUUCAUCCUACCCGCAAUUUUCUAUAUCCGAAUUGUUCCUGAAGACCAGGAACCCCUGCGGUCAAGAUCUAAGAUUCAGGCUGCGUGCUUUGCUGCAUUGGGAUUUAUCUUCAUGGUCAUGAGUUUGUCAUUUAUUAUCAUUGACUGGGUGACUGGAGAGAGUCGAAGUGUAGGUGGGCACUAGCUGCUAUAACUAAACAGAGGUACUGCACACAGAACGUCAACCAAAGCCCUCUUUUUCAUUAAAUUAGCCCCAUCUUCUCAUCCAAAGCCAAACUAGAAAGUUUGACUACACAAGAUGAAGGAUAAUGUGAAGAGCCUUCGCCUACAUCAAAAAAAACAGGAAAGUGUUUUUACAUGUGAUGGAGCAGACGAUAUGUCCUGUACUGGAGGAGAGAACACAAAUGUAUGAAAAUACAAAGCAAAGUGUUCUGCCUCGAUCAGUCCUGUCACAGCUCAAACUAAGGAUUUUGUUUGGGGUCAUUUGUAGAUUUGCAGCAAACGCUUUGAAUGAGAAAAAAAGUGGAAAUUCCGUUUUUGGAUGUGGACAGUUCCUUGGAAUUGCUCAGUCAAUGUCUACAUUUCACAAAUCUACUUUCCUACCAUGUCAGAUUUUACAGAACUUACAUGUAUUAGUUUUGUAAGGCAAUAUGUUCUUUGCCUGAGACAUUUGUCAGCUACGGUUUACUUUUACUUUUAUGACUGACAAAUCUGCCAUUUCCCCAAACUUUACCUUUUCAGCUAAUUAUGACCUUCGAGGGUUAGUCUGCAGUUCCACACAAACAACUGCUUAUGAUCAAAAAUGUUUUCAGUGAAUUUAACAUGGAUUCUAAUCAAUGCAUUUAAUGUGAUAUUUCAUCCAUUUAAAAAGAAUUACUGUCACAAUUGUGGUCAUCUGAAGUUUCCCAGUGACCUAGCAAAAUAAGGUGCAAUUUAUGGGAUUUUUUUUGUUUUUUGCUGCUGUUCAUGAAGGUCAAACAGACAGUCAUGUGUGAGAGGUUUGUGAAAACCGAAACAAAGUUUUUAUGUGAGCCUGAACAUCCAUAAUUGCAAACCAAAUAAUCUAUUUAUUAUGUCACAUUGUGAAAGAGUGUUUCUUUUACUUUCUUUUUUUUAACAUGCGUGGCAAAGACCAGUUAAAGAUGUACAUGAAUUCAUCCAGUGUUAUAAAUGCUGCGUAUGUUUAAUCAGUACCAGAAACUUUUCAUUGUGUUCAAUAAUGGCUUCAAAGUGGACCUGUUAUGCUUUUACUGUUUUUAUCUCAGUCAUAUACUUAACUCUUACAAGGUGUGUGCUCAUCUUAAACAAGUUUCAAGUACUGAGGUUAGCAAGUCCAAGUAAUCCUGAGAGCAGAAAGCUCAGACUUCAGACUGCUCUAAAUGCUCAUUUCCUUAUUUGUGACAGUUUUUAGCUGCUGGACCUUUAUUUGCUGUUUGAAACACCUCCUGUUCAAAACCUCUGUUUGCAAAGGACAGUUUGUCAGAAAGAAGUCUGUUGAAAGGACUUUGGGUGCUCUGGACCAUCUGAGGGCUUGCAAUAAAGUCCACUAAGCAUUAUUUCAAAUGAAGCAUGCAAAGCUGUUCUAAUAGACUGAAAAUACGAAGCACAGUGGGUCCUCUUUAAGCAAGAAUUAGUGAAGUCCUUUUUUUGUUUUUAAAAUGUGACUAAGAGACCUGUUGACAUUGUAAUUCAUCCUGUACAUUUUUAAAUUAAUUUGAAUGUUGUUAACUGUCAAUAAAAUGUGUUUUAUUUGU